AUAAACUGGGAACACUCGCCCCGCCGGCAGCGGCGGGCUCCCGACGCCCGGGUACCACAGCCUCCUCGCCCCCUCUGGUGUCCGCGGCGCUCUCUUUCCACCACCGUUUGGAGGAAAGGAUUGUUUCCGGCCACCCGAGCAUCUCUGUCUUCCCUCGCUUGCUCUGCACCCCAAGCUCGCCGCCUUCUCCGGGUCUGGUGGCUGCAAACGAGGCGGACCGAACCUCGGGUUGGCGAGGAGAGGCUGCGUCCCGGAGUGCGAGUCCCCGGCGGGCUCCCAAAGGGAAGUGUGGAGGUGGUGGUGGGGGGGGCGGUGUUGCAGGAGACGCGGAGACCGUGGGAGAACUCCGAUCCUCUGGAGGUCAAAGGGCCCCUUCUAGGGACGGCUGGGCUGGGACACCGACCAAAAGCAUCUCCGGAACAGCCCUGCAUCCAGCUCCGGGUCCGGGUGGAGGGGCCCUGGGCGCAGCUCGGCGGGCCCGCGAGGAAAUCUCGGUAUCCAGCAGCCGCCGCUGCCCCUUUGAUGUUUUGGUACGCCGUGCGCAUGCGCUUCACAUUAGAAUUACUGCACUGGGCAGACUAAGUUGGAUCUCCUCUCUUCAGUGAAAGCCUCAAAUCCCAUUAAAAACUAAAGGGAUGUGGAGAGUCCGGAGAAGGGGCUUCUUUGGGAUUUGGCCGUUCCCCUUAAUAAUCGCCGCUGUGUGCGCGCAGAGUGUCAAUGACCCUAGUAAUAUGUCGCUGGUUAAAGAGACGGUGGAUAGACUACUGAAAGGCUAUGACAUUCGUCUGAGACCAGAUUUUGGAGGCCCGCCGGUGGCUGUGGGAAUGAACAUUGACAUCGCCAGCAUUGAUAUGGUUUCCGAGGUCAAUAUGGAUUAUACCUUGACAAUGUACUUUCAGCAAGCAUGGAGAGAUAAGAGGCUGUCCUACAAUGUAAUACCUUUAAAUUUGACUUUGGACAACAGAGUGGCAGAUCAGCUCUGGGUUCCCGAUACCUACUUCCUGAAUGAUAAGAAGUCAUUUGUGCAUGGAGUGACUGUCAAAAACCGUAUGAUUCGUCUGCAUCCAGAUGGCACUGUCCUUUAUGGCCUCAGAAUUACAACCACAGCUGCCUGCAUGAUGGACCUGAGGCGAUACCCACUGGAUGAACAAAACUGCACCUUGGAGAUUGAAAGCUAUGGAUAUACAACUGAUGACAUUGAGUUUUAUUGGCGUGGUGAUGAUAAUGCAGUCACAGGAGUAACAAAGAUUGAGCUUCCACAGUUCUCUAUUGUAGAUUACAAACUCAUCACCAAGAAGGUUGUAUUUUCCACAGGUUCCUAUCCUAGGUUAUCCCUCAGCUUUAAACUGAAGAGGAACAUUGGUUACUUCAUCCUGCAAACAUACAUGCCCUCCAUCCUGAUUACCAUUCUCUCGUGGGUCUCCUUCUGGAUUAACUACGAUGCUUCUGCUGCACGAGUGGCACUAGGAAUUACAACGGUCCUUACAAUGACCACAAUUAACACCCACCUCCGUGAGACUCUCCCUAAGAUCCCGUAUGUGAAGGCCAUUGACAUGUACCUGAUGGGAUGCUUUGUCUUUGUGUUUAUGGCCCUUCUUGAGUAUGCGUUGGUCAACUACAUCUUCUUUGGGAGAGGACCCCAGCGCCAAAAGAAGGCAGCAGAGAAGGCUGCCAGUGCCAACAAUGAGAAGAUGCGCCUGGACGUUAACAAGAUUUUUUAUAAAGAUUAUUUACAAAAUGGGACCCAAUAUCGAUCCUUGUGGGACCCUACUGGAAACCUCUCCCCAACUAGACGGACUACCAAUUACGAUUUCUCUCUAUAUACGAUGGAUCCCCAUGAGAAUAUCUUGCUGAGCACUCUUGAAAUAAAGAAUGAAAUGGCCACAUCUGAAGCCGUGAUGGGACUUGGAGACCCCAGGAGCACCAUGCUGGCCUACGAUGCAUCCAGCAUCCAAUAUCGGAAAGCUGGAUUACCCAGGCAUAGUUUUGGUCGAAAUGCCCUGGAGCGACAUGUGGCACAAAAGAAAAGUCGCCUGAGGAGACGUGCCUCUCAACUGAAAAUCACCAUCCCUGACUUGACUGAUGUGAACGCCAUUGACCGGUGGUCUCGCAUUUUCUUCCCGGUGGUUUUCUCCUUCUUCAACAUUGUCUACUGGCUUUACUAUGUGAACUAAAUCAUGGCCUCCUAUAGGAAGCAAGGACUAGAUUCCUCCUCAAAACAGUUGUCCAGCCUGACGUAGGACUUGGAAAACACAUCAAUCCAGGACAAAUGUGAUGUUAAAAUACCUUAGUUGCUGGCCUAUCCUGUGGUCCAUUUCAUACCAUUUGGGUUGCUUCCACUAAGUAACAGAUACACUAAGGUCCUUGUGGUUUUCCAGUUAAAAUACAAGUGAUUUCUCUAAAUGCUGGCGAGGUUGUGUUUGAACCAUCUCCCACUUCAUCUGUUUAGUAUACAGCCAACUCAGAGGAGAGUGACAUAGAAGAUACUCUGAGAAAGCUCAGUAGCAUUGUCGAUGUUUUCCCUGAGGCUUGGCCCUUCCAGAUACUCUCCAUCACCACUUCUAGGUUGGCAUGUUGUUGAGACAUUUGGUGCUUAUGAAACAAUCUGCAAUACCAUGGGAACAUGUUACUUCAGUAUGGCCAAGAUGUUCUGUGAUGGUGAUAACUGGUGCCAUGGCAAGACAUUUCUCAUUGGACCAUUAGAUUCCAAUGUAUUUUUUUAAAAACAAAAUCAGGGGGAAGAGAUGGAAUAAUAGGGUCAAAACAGAGAGUCAGAAAGUCAAUUCAGCCUGUCCGUUAGCUGGAGCACUAGAAACCAGCAAUCAUGUCUUUCAUUUUGGCAUUUAGAGAUAGGAGGUCUCUUGAACAUUUCUUGCAUGACAGCUAAUUUUUAUUUUUGCUAAAAAAAAAAAAAAAAAAAACUAUUCCAGAGAUGGUAAAAAUAAGAGUUAACACAGAGCAGGGUUGAAAACCACAGAAUUGAAUGUUGUAACAAAAUUAAAGCAAGCCUGGCCCAUAUAAGCUCUACACAGCAUCAGGUCUGAAUAUAUUGUGUCUCAGGACAGAAGUUAGAUGAAUUUAUUUUACAACAUCACAAGCUUAGAAGUAAUAUCUAAAGAGGUUUUCAAUAGUUUAUCAAAUCGAAAGGCAGUCAGGAAAUGGAAAGGUGAAAGGAAUUCAAAGUAUCUUAGAUGAUCAUAUUAGACUGGGAAUCAUUCAAAUAAUAAAAUAUAUAACACAAAAUAAGUUGUUUCAGACUGUGCCAUCUGUCUCUACAUCAUUUACAUAUAAGUUUUUUUCUGACUUUAAUAGUAUAUUUCCAAAAGAGAAUUUGUCUUUCGCUCUAAGGUGUAACAGUUCUCUUCAGAUUCUCUUGCUUCCAAAAUUCUGACUAUAUUCAAAGGAGCUAGAUGUAGCAUGGCUUUGGAGAGACUGAACGAACUGUAUAUUCUUAAAUGCAGUGAAUUUAAUCUCUGUAAUUUUUCAAACAAGCAUUAUUCCAAAGUGGGUGCAAGCACAAAAAGAAUUUGUGAGUUCAAGUUUAGUUAUUUUAAGGGUGCUUAUAUUGCAUAUAUUGGAAUCUGGCUAAUUAGGCAAAAUAUGACAAUUAAAGGACAAUGGGAUCCCUACAACAAAGCCGUGGGGAGUCCACGAGCUUCAAGUGAAAUUUCAGAAUCGAUAACUCAUGGUCAGCCUGGUUUUGUGUAUUAUAUCUACUCUAUUUAAUUAUGCCAUUGUGCUUCUCUGCUAAUAUUUAUCUGUGGGACCGAAAAGAUAAAAAGAAAAUAUAUUUCAUUUUUAUCAACAUGAGACUCACAGUUUUCAGUUCCUAUAGAAUAGAGUGAAUUGCUAAGUUUUCUGUAGAGUUUGGUUCUAACUGACCUUUUUCUCAGAGGAAAAAUUUGCUUUGUCUAUUUUUUUUUGAAUUAUCAAAGCUUCACAGUAAUGUUCCAAAUAGUGUCUAGGAGCUAAGGAGAGAGUCAUCCUGUGAAUAAGAUGUUAUGUUUCCUUUCCCGCCUGACUCAGAAGAUUGGAAUACGAGAGCACUCUGCUGUUCUUCCAUCCUCACUAUUACAGACCAACAUGAUGAAAAGAAAAUGUUCAGCAUAUACACUCUGAGUUUGUCCCAAAGGGAGAUAAUAUUUUUUCACCAAUGUAUGGAAGGCUGGCACCUCAUGUUUUAUGAUUAUGUACUUGAACACCUCUGAUUCCACUACUGUAGAUCAGACCAGGGAUCUCCCCAUGUGCUCAGAGUAUAGAUUCCUCAAGUGUCUCCAGGAACAUGCUUUCUUCUCAGCAUUCAUUUCUGGGGAUCACAUCAAUAAAAGUGCCUACCCUUUGUCACCAAGGGGUGAAGUUUGAGUAGAUAAUAACAGAAAGACACAUAACAAUUAACUCAGGGGCACAUUUGUUAAAUGCCAUUCUGAAAAGGGAUUUUUAAAGAUAACUCCAGGCCUCAGUCCUGAAGUGGGCUCUUAUUUGAAAUUUCUGUAAAAGCCAUAAAAAUCUUUGAUAUUGUCAGUUGUGAUUAUAACAAAAUUUGGGAUGUUCAAAGAAGCCAAUAGAGCAAUCUCGAUCAAAACAGAGGAAGAUAUUUACAUAACAUGGGCCUCAAGUUAAUAUAACCAAGAAUAUAUUUCUGCUAUCAAUGGUGUAGAGAACUUGGAAAAGGGUAAGAGAUAGGACCUUGAAACAAAUACCCCAGAAGUAAAACCGUAUAUUACACUCAGUGACCACAUACUUGGAAAAAUUCAACUUAUCCUGAUGAGAAAUAAUAGUAUAUGUGUAAUUCAUCCUUAAGCUAUACACUGAUUUAGAAUGCAGGGCAGGGUGCUAGGCCUGACUAAUCUUGGAAAACCAAUCAGAUUGUCAUCUAGUAUUUAAACUAAAGGACCAUAAAGGUAUGUUUUGGCAAUUCUGAAAUGGUAUUACUCUUUGUUUAUACAUAUGUAUAGUUUUUUUUUUUUCCUUUGAGUAUAAAACAGUUAGCCAGCAAUUAAGGUGAUUUUUCAUCUAUGUGAAAUUAAUAGGCAAAUUCUGACUCUAAAAUGCACAUCCUAAAUGAAAUCUUUGAUCUCAAACUGUACAUAUAUAUAUAUAUAGUGUACAUGACUGCUAGUAGGUAUGAAAUGCACUCCAGAACUGAAAUCUCAUGCAACAUGACCAUGUGUUUGCAUAGGAAUGUUACAAUUCUUUCUAUUGCAAUUUAAUGACAGGGGAAAAGACUCCAGCUGGACCAUCUAGACCUUUUCUCAUGUCUUCAAAAGCAGUGCUAAGUAAAAUAAUAAUAAUAAUGAUAAUAAUAAAGAUUUAUAAAACAAAAGACUUUACCUUCUAGCAUUAGGACCACACACACACACACACACACACACACACACAAAACCUGUCAGCUUACAAAAGCACAAGACUUAACUGAAGUGCAGUGGAAUGCCUAGUGGAGAAAUGAAUCACAUUUCUUUUAAACAAGACCUGCAUUGUACUGGAAAAUAAGACAAUUUUUUAUUUCCUAUAGGUAACUGUGUUUCAGUUUUAUUGUUUAGAAAAACAAAAACUGAAAACAUUAACAUAAACAGGUUUGACAACAUAUCUCCACGUGUAUAUGUGUAUAUAUAGAUCCAUGUAAACACACGUGCGUGUAUAUGCAUUCAUAUGUUGGAAAAAAAAGGAAUAAGCUAAUAUGUUCUGCUUCCUUCAUUAAAUCUGUGUAUUUUUUAACUUGACAACCAACAGUCUCCAUAUUAAAAUAAGUAAUACAGGGUACUGAGCAUUUAUCUAUGAGCAAACCAAUGGCCACAGUUCCUAUGAAUUGUUGCAUGGUUUGACACUACAAUAGUACUGUACCUCUGAACAUCAGAUGUUAACUAGUCCUCACAUUGCUUGUUGAACUGCUUUCUUUUUAAGGACACAGAUAAAAUUGUCCAUUGGUUAUUUAAAAGCAAAGAUAUCUUGAAAUGAAAAAUAAUUCCUCUUGGAAUGAAGAAAAAAAAAAACAGAAACUAAAUCCCACCA